CCGAAGGACGAGUAAUUGGAAGAGGUUGCUGGAGGGGACAGGCGGAAUCGUCGCGGGCAGAGAAGAAACAACGAAAACCUUAGAGGAGUCCGUGUGCACCGGCACACACCUAACCGCCUAUUGAUUUUCCCCGGCACUUUUGCCGUAGUGCGCACCCAUCUAUCGCGCAUACAGGUACACACCCACACGCCGGGCUGUGGGGAGAGCACACGGACACUCGCCACCCUCGGAUCGAGUGGGGUGAGCCCCGGUGCGGAGGGCGUGCGCCUCGUUUCCCUUCGAAAUCAUCGUCAAAGUUCACGCAACCGAGUGCACGGCCAGCGAGCGGUAGGCAGCACCGAGUAUGCUGAUCCUGUGGUCGCUGAAAAUCGAGCGCAACCUCCGUCGAUCGAUCCGUUAAUUAACCAUAGUGCGCGCCGAUACGUUUAACGACCCGCCGGUCUCUGCCUGCCUGCUUGCCUGUCAGCGUGUCGUCCACGUUUCCAUCGAGAGGCGACCAGGUGUUGUCGUUGUCCUGACCGCCCGGCUCGCCGUCGUCCUGCUACCUUGUGAACCCUGGCCAGUGACUCUUGCGCCACGAGAUCCAAUUGCAUCGGCAAACGAGGUUGUGAACCUCUCGAAGACCUGCCAGGUUCAUAAGUACACCUGGUGAUCAAGGAGGAGGAUCUCGAGGAGGAUCGGGCACUAUGCCAACCUGAAAAUAGACCCUGUGUCUUCGACCUCGUGAGCACCUCGAGAGGACACUUUCCAACAGACACGUACACACACGCAUACUUCCGCAGCUGGUGAUUGUUAAGAAUCGUCCUGGGACCAGUGCAGCCUAUUGUUUCUUUGAGAUAGGAGGGCUACGGUCGACGAUCGCUUCGGGACUUUUGCUAAUAUUUUUCCAUCGCUGUUGGAGUACGUCGUGGACCAGCUGCUGGUGACUUUCCGGGUAUAGUACCUUUUGUUCCAAGGAGGUUUCGUCGGACGCAGGAAAAACAAGGACACAGAGAACAGGGGUAGUCCCGCAGUGGUCCGGAGGACCUCGCAGAAGGUGGCCCGAGCGACGGGGGUGCGUUUAGGACCGUGGUGACGACGGCAGAUGUCAGGAUGCCGGAGCAGAGCAACGAUUACCGCGUGGUGGUUUUCGGCGCGGGCGGCGUCGGCAAGAGCUCCCUCGUCCUCCGUUUCGUGAGAGGAACCUUCCGCGAGUCCUACAUACCCACCAUCGAGGACACUUACAGACAGGUGAUCAGCUGCAACAAGAACAUUUGCACGCUUCAAAUUACGGACACGACCGGGUCGCACCAGUUCCCAGCGAUGCAACGGCUCUCCAUAAGCAAGGGUGACGCGUUCAUCCUGGUGUACUCGGUCUGCUCGCGGCAAAGCCUCGAAGAGCUACGGCCCAUCUGGUCCAUCAUCAGAGAGCUCAAGGGACAGGAUGUGUCGCAGAUACCUAUAAUGCUGGUGGGGAACAAAUGCGACGAGAGCCCGACGGUGCGCGAGGUGUCGAUGAGCGAGGGUGCGGCGGAAGCUGCAAAUUGGGGCUGCGGGUUCCUCGAGACCUCCGCGAAGACGAACCACAACGUGAACGCCCUGUUCCGGGACCUGCUGAUGCUCGAGAAGAACCGGGCGGUCUCGUUGCAGCCGGUGCAGAGCAACAACGCGAUCAGCCUCAAGGAGAAAUGCACCGUGAUGUAAUCGAGCUCGAGGAUCAUCCUCCAACCCCCCUUUCAACCCUUCUGCUCCGUCGCGUCGCACAAAUAUCGAAUGUUCCUUCUCCCGUUUCAUCGACUUCAUUUCUCCGAUCUUUUCACGGCCCUGGAUUCGAUGCAUUUUUUCUACGAGGCACAUUAGUUCGUCAAACAAUCCGAGAAUCAACCGAAAUAUAUUUGUUGGGACCACCCGGUAUAUAUAGCCCGCGGCGAUUUCUCUUUCUUUUCCCGGCGGAUCUCCCGAAUUUUCUCUGCGCGACGGAAGCUCGACGCGGGAGAGCAGAAGAAUCGAUGACACGGACACAACACAUACACCGUCACAUCUACACAGAUCUAUGCACACAUACACGUACACACAUACGCACACAAAUAAUACACACACGGAGAGACGCGCGCGCGUGCAAACGAGAAACGAAGAAAAAUUAGAUAAAAAGUUGUUACGAGAUUGGUUUUUGUUGAAUAGUUGUAAGGUUUUUGUAACGACGCUAAUUAGAGUUUAUUAAUCGUGGGUUACACUGGCGCACACGUAUACAUACACAGCCCGAGAGGAGGCGUACACACAUACGCAACACGGACGGUAUACACGCACACGAUUAAUUCGCUAUGUACACGAGUUCAUUAGGCACUCGCGUUGACCCAGAUUUUUUAGUGCUUUCUCCUUUUUUCCCUCCGGUUUCGUUUUUUUUUCGCCCCCCACCUCUCUUAUACUCCUCCACUGUGUUGUGCACACGUAGACCGCAAGCGUGUUUUAGUGUUCACGUGGAGAUGCUAAUUAGAGGAACUCUCUCCCCCUCUCUCGCAAAGCUCUCCACGUUUUUCCCAGCGGCGCGGGAAAUUUCCCGCUUUGCGUCUCGAGCGCGUCGUGAUCGGCCCCGAACAAAGUACAAACGAUUCCACGCACGGGAUCCAGAACGUUAACGACCGUAUCCGCUGAGAUUGCGCCGACCCGGACGCGCUCGAGACCGUAUAGAUCACGCUCGGGCGCUGUUCCGGCUCUAUCGGAAUCGGGAGCAACGAAGCCACGCCUACUCCGGGCCGCACAGCGAAGCCCCGCCUCCCUUGGGACAGUUGCCCGCGCCUGAGCCGUACCAGCGGUACUUGCGGGCCACUUUAAACUGCUGUAACUUCGCGAACAAAAAUCGUACGAUAGCGUACCCGGAGUCGUUUUAUAGAGAAAACUUCGCUCUAUAAAUCCACCGUAAACGAAACCCACGGAAAAAUUUGUCAGGCUCCACAGAGUCGUUCGAACUUGUAGGAUAAAUUUGGGAAAAACAAGCUUAGGUUUUUCACUCCGUUUUGUAGUAUAGGAAGGUCUCGUGAGAAGAUCGAUUAGGGGCUGUGAAUGCGGAGACUUCGACAGUUAUAAUGGGCCCAGGUUGAUCGCUGUACGAUUUUUCUUCGCGGAGUUACGGUCGUUCGAAGAUCAACGAUAUUUUGAUCCUUUAAUUUUGUGUGUAGAAGAAUGAAAUUCUGUUUGGAUUCGCAUGACGCACAAGUGCACCCGCAUGUGCCAUUUUUACGGUCGGCCGUCAGCUUGAAGCUUUUCCCGCCACCGGAAGGAACCACGUCGCGAGACAGGUUUCUUGGUACCCGAAGGUCGAGCCGCGAUUGGCCAGAGGCUGCGACGCUGGCAGCGACCUCUGCGCAGCGGUUCUCAGCUGUGUUUUAAUUGCGAAUCUUCCCCCCUCCCCCACGGUAUUUUAGACGAUCGAUCGGAGCCCCGAGAGCUAAUUUUAACCGCGGCACCCAGUCCUUAGCCGGCUCCGGCGAGCUGAGAACCCCUGCGCUCCGGCGGGCAUUUUAAAGGACACACCGUGCUGCUUGCACCGUCACGAACCGCGACCGUAUAGCGUUUAAGGAACGAAUUUUGAAAUGUCGGAUGCGUUCGCCGAUCGAACACACAAACUCGUACCGUCGAUAUUAAACGAUUCGAUUAGAGACCACGCGCAUCACCGUGUAAUACGCCACUGUUACUACGAUUGUUAACCGUUGUUGACGAACCAUCGGACGCGCUGCGCAGCGCCGGUUCGGACAGAGAACACACGGGGCACACAGGUGCCGUUCCGCGCAACGUUGUUGAUUACACGAAGGCAGAUCGUUCACUAUAGCGAAUAGAUUACGUGCGUGCGUGCGUGCGCCGCCGCCGAUUCGAGGGCCGGUUUCAUCGUCCAGGUCCCCGGCCACUCCGCUGGACCAGUACGGUAGCCCCUCGUUCGAUGCGCCGGCCAAUACGAAGCGUACAACGAGGGUGUACCGCACUCGUGCGACCAGUCGAGAACCUACUUCACACGGAAUUGUAUUAGAUAGUACAAUGAAUGAUUUAAUCACUAGCGAGAGAUUGUAUAUAAGGUUUUUGUACGUUCAGCGUUUGUUCGGACCGCUUGUUUGGUUUUUUCGUGCCGAAAUCGGCGGGAGAGCUCCUCCCCCCGGACGAGUCAAUUCCCCCCGACAACCUGAUGCAUGCGAAAACACACACACCCACAUACACACACGGCACACGUGUACGCCCGCUUGCCUGUGUACGAUUGUAUGUACAUAUACGGUGCUCACUGUUAAACGUAUAUUUAGACGCAAGGUUAAACGAAGAGUCUAGUCAAAGGGACGCCGGAGAUCCGACCUUAUGAAAUCGACCCUCGACAAGCGUAAAAAGAAAGGCCGGCUGAGAGAAAGAGACGAAGCGAGAGAGAGAUGCGAUGUUACUUACUUUACACGGACACACACACAUACACACGCGUUCGGCAUCGACGGAACAGAUACGGCGGCGUCGAGAUCUCGACGAUGUCCUCGUACGGAAUCGCGGCACGGCUGGACCGCACGAUAAACAAAUUUAAUUCUCCAGCCGCGCCACGAUUCCCAGCCGAAAAGGAAAAACCGGCAGAUCCGUUCCGCCGACGCGGCGCAGUGACACGCGCACAGGGUGUGAGUGAGUGAGCGUGCGAAUGCGAGAGAUAUUUACCAGUACACGGGCGAGUGAGAAAAUUUACCAAAAGAACGAAAAAAAGAAAAAAAAGAAGAACUGUAUCCUCUGAUUUUUUCGGGGCCAAUCAGUGUGUGACCAACACAUAUGAAACGCGAGCUUCUUCUUCCGCGCGACGGUAGGUCGACUUCCGUUCCUUUCGCGUGUUUUUCUGCGGGCCUCCGCGAUCAUUUGUUUACAGACUCGAUCCUCGACCAAUCGCGCGACCCUCGAUGCGACACCGCCCACUCCCCCAAGCCCCGCCCCCGUUCUCGUAUUUUCGACGAUUCUAUCCCGACUUUGGUACGCACGCCACUGACAGAAAGUCCGGAGGCCAACGUGGACAGAGAAACGGAAACCCAUUCUCCACGCACAAACGAUACAUUUCUUUUUUACGCCGCCCGAAAACCCAGCGAAACACGGCAUGCCUCUCUGCAACGCGUUGUACGGGACCGGCGUAGCGCACCUGGAAAGGCGGACGCGGCUCCGCGGGCCCGUCUCAUUGGUCCUCCGCUUAUCCCCACUGCUAGUCACCCGCUCGUUAACACGCCCACGGUCGAGAAGGAGGCGCGCUCGGUCGGUAAAGUGGGCCCGGAGCUCGACCGGCAUCCCGAAACUCGGACUUUCUGUCGAUUGCGUGUUUUUAGAUACGAUUUUCGAGCGUCCUCUCUGCGCUGAGAAUGAGAGAGAGAGUCAGCUUUGUUUAGCCCGCGGUCCCGGGUGUCGCGGUCCUCGAGCGGUCGAUUCGUUCGCGCGCGAACGCCGCCGAUAUCGAAGAUAUUUAUUUGUUCCGCCGCGCGAUCGACCGCGCGUGCGCGAUGGAUCGGCGACCGGCAAGCGUGUUUACAUCGAGAGCACAAUUUUUUAAUCGCGUUGUGGAUAGCCACGGCACGCACGACCACCACGAUGGAUCUCGAUCGACAUUACGCCCCCGCCCCCACGCAGCCCUAAUCAUUUGUCCCGCGGCGAAUGAACACCGUCCGGUGUCCACACUUUGAUAUUUCGACGAUCGAUCGGGGCGACUGGUGCUCGAGGACGAAGCCCGGAAACCACUAAAAAAAAUCCAGGAAAUAAAAAUACGCUAAAAUAGUCGAGAAUCGUAGGAUCGGUUUUUCGUCCGGGAAAAAUCGAGAAAUUCCUUGUGUACACGGAACUUCGUUUCUGUAGCGUAGCCGCUCUAAAAGAACAUUCAUGUAUUAAUCGUCGCGUGACUCUAGCGUCUCGAAUAGCCGAGGGAUGAUGAUCCAAGAAAAGCGGUGCAGAAUCGGGCGGCGGUCGGUGCUGGAUCGAUCCAGGAUCGGAUCCCGCCGUUAGUCGCCCAAGAUUUUCUCCUCGAAAAUUAUACUACUUAUCUGGCAGUAGCGUGUAUAGGCCCUCCGUAUAUCGUCUAGGGAAGAAAAUUAGACUUGUCUAUUCUAGGAAAAAUGGGGGAAGCCCAGCGAUCGAUGAUCUCGUCCUCGAGCAAGCAGGUUUCCGGUCGAAAAUACACGAAGGUCGUCCGUGCCAAAAAUUCCGUUGUCCGUUAUAUUUAUGGAGUUUACUUAGGCUUAAGCUUGUUGUUAAGUGAUCGAUCGAUUUUCGGAAACACCACCACAACCACCACCACCACCACCACCGUAUCAACGCACCACCGUUCCUCCGAGCAACGUUCGUUCUCUCGAGAGGGAGAAACAAAAGGGUUUCGCGAAACGAACGAUCACGAGAAAGAGAGAGAGAGAGAGAGAAGAAGAAGAAGAACAAGAAAAAGAAAAAAAGGAGGAGGAGAGAGAGAGAGAAGCAUGCUUUGUUGUCGCACCUCGCGCUUCCUGCGGAAAAUCGAUGUGUAAAGGGAUCUUUUAAGGACUAUAGGGACUUUGAAAUGCGAGCGUGCCCAGACGCGGGGGUCGGGGGAACCGAGGAAAGAGAGAACGCGAGGAGGAGAGAAGAAGCCCUUCGGUGAAUCGGGUCCGCCGAAUAUUAACAGUAGCGUCGUAGGAAAUUUGUAACGUAUCUCGAACUUAUCAACGAAAAGUACCAUAUCAAUAACUAUAUCAUGCUAUCCGCGCGCACGCCGCACCAUCCAUUGACUCUCAGGUGUCUCUCUCGAACGUGUAAAAAGGAAAGCUCGACUCGGGGCUCGAUCAAACGAAGGGGCGCGCGCUCUCGGGUCUCUUCCUCCCCCGUUUUUGAUCGCGCUCGUCCACGUAGUGAAACGAAGUGAAUCACAUAUCAUGGCUGCUGGUUGGCGCGCGUUCUCCGGCCCCGCGUUUUCCCGGCCGCGCGCAUCAUUCAGCGCGCGGCCGGGAAACGGCGCCGGAAGCGGACGCGCGCGUUGUUCGAAUUAUAAACGACGGCGGAUAGAGCGGAGAACACGAGAACCGAAUGACGACCGAUUUAUUGUUACGACGGCUCGUUCAUUAUUAUCCACUCAGAACAAAUCGUUAACCGGCUACGAAUCUGUACUCGUGAAAGAUAAAACUGCGAAAUUAUACAAUCUUGAUUCUUGACCACUGG